AUGAUCGACAAACAGGAUGGAGAGCCAACGGGACACGGUCUCACGUGCUGGCUACUGGACACACGAUCGCUAUGGCCCGGGGAAAAGAUCACAGAUUCAGAAUCAGCGCGAGAAGCGCUCUCCCUCGUCACCCCCGAGGAACAAGACCUCAUAAAACGCAAAUACCACAUAGCAGAUGCGCGAAUGAGCCUAGGCUCCGCCCUCCUCAAACGCCUUUUCGUCCACAAAACUCUCGGCAUGCCAUGGAAAGACAUCCGCUUUGGCCGCAAACGCGAUCCUAAACACGGGAAGCCUAUCGCCUUGCUAAUACCACCGCAACAUGGCCCCGCUCCCGUGGAAUUCAACAUUAGUCACCAAGCCGGUCUCGUCGCCCUCGUAGGCUGCGCAACCAAUGAACUCGACGCAGAAGUUGGCGUGGACAUCGUCUGCGUUAACGAGAGAAACGACUAUCGCGUUGUGGACGAAGAGGGAUUCGAUGGCUGGGUGGAUAUGUACGCUGAGCUCUUCAGUGGAGAAGAACUCUUCGAUAUCAAGUACAACGUUGACCCUUUCCCUCUUCUCGACGGCACAAUGGUCACGCACGAAAUUCUAGGUCGACACGAUCGCUGUUGUAGGCGAAAUGAGCAUCUCAGCGUUACGCUACCGAACGGAGAAAAGAGGGAACUAGAUUCAGAUUUACUCAUCGACGCGAAGCUACGACGGUUCUACACGUUUUGGUGCUUCAAAGAGGCGUACAUCAAACUCGAUGGCGAGGCGUUGCUCGCAGAGUGGAUACCGCAAUUGGAGUUCAAGCAUGUUCGUGCGCCGAGGCCGGGGACGCCGGCGCGGUGUAGUACGCAUGGGACUUGGGGUGAGAGGGCAAGCGACGCGGAGGUCUGGUUCUCAAUGAAAAUUGAUGGAAAGGGGCCUGCAGGUGUGAGGGAAUUGAAGAAGGGAGAGUGUGGGAGGUUGGAGGAUACGAGGGUGGAGAUCCAGGCUUUCGAGGAAGACUUUAUGAUUGGGGUUGCGGCGAGGGAGAAGAGAGAUUCGGCGGUUGAUGGUAGUAGGAAGAAGCUGCCGGAUGUUUUGACGCAUUUUAGGGGGUUACAUUUGGAGGAGGAUGUCAUGAGUGUUGCGAGGAGUGCAUAA